AUGUCUGAUUUAAACAAGAAGCUAGAAACACUUUCAUUACAAUUUUCCAACCACCAAUCAUCACUAAACGACUUAAUAGCAUCACGAUCAACAUUGGAAACGCAGUAUCAAGAAAAUAAAAUCGUUGAACAAGAAUUUACCAACUUGUCUGAAUCCGACAAGAUAUAUAAACUUACGGGGCCCGUAUUAUUACCCCAAGAUUAUGCUGAGGCGUCAAUGAAUGUUAAUAAGCGGAUUGAGUUUAUUACAGGGGAGAUUAAACGAGUUGAAACCAAGAUUGAAGUUGAGGAAGGCGAGAUGGAGAAGAUUCGUGGUGAGAUAAUUGCGCUUAGAACCCAACAAAGUUAG